UGACGAUGCAGCGUGUAUAUUAGUCCAAAUGUCUCAGCCCGGUGGUCUUUAUAGAGCUGCGCGCCACCGACGGGGACUGAGCGCGUGGUGCGUUUAUUUGAUGCCUGGAGUUACGUCACGACGCAACUUUGUCAAGGGAAUUAUGAGAGACGUGGAAUUGUGAUUUUUCAAUUGACAGCUGAAAAGUCAGAGGCGAUGGAGAACAAGGCCAUGUAUCUGAGCACAUAUGAAGAGAGAGAGAGCGGCUCCUUGUACGAAGAGGCCUACGAUGGACACAACCUGUCCAAACUCAACCUUUGUGAUGAAGGUUCUGGUAAGCGUCGCAGGAAGCAGGAUCAGUGCUGUGUUCACAUGAACUCCCUCUCAGCCAUCAAGUACGCCAUCGUCGCCCUCUACAUCCUGGUUUUUCUCACCAUCUUUGGACUCUGCCUGGCAGUGUCUCAUUCCCAGCUGUCUUCUAAACGGCAGGAGGUGCUGAUGGAGAACGCGACCCGGAUCUCUGAGCGCUCUCGAACGCUCCAGCCGGCGCCGGACGAGGCGUCCACUCAGGCCGACCUGCUGGAGAACAUCUGGAAACUGGAGAAUCUCUUCACCAAUCACAGCGAAUGGUUUCAGAGGCUCGAGACCCUCAUUAAGGGCCUGGAGGUGGAGCUGAGGAGCAUCCAGGCUCACUCCCUUCAGUCAGAGGGCUACCUGGUGCAGCUGGACGACAGGUUGUCGUCCCUGAGCAGCUCCACGCGCAGGAACCUGACAGGCCUGAGUGCAGAGGUGUCCCGGGCCUCCACCUGGCUCCAAGACCAGGACCUCCUCUUCAGGGAGACCUCAGGAAAGGUGAGCAGGCUGAGAGAGAAACUGGACGAGGUCAAUUGGACGGUGGGAGCUGUCAAUCACACCUUCAGCAACGACAUCAGUAUUCACCACCUGAAGAUACACGACUUGCAGAUACAGAUCAGCAACAUAACAGAGGACACCAGCAGCUUAUGGGUGACCCACGUUCACACAGAGGCUCAGCUGAGGAACGAGAUGGAAAUCCUCAACACAAUCACAGAGGACCUCCGUCUGAAGGACUGGGAGCACUCGUUGGUCCUGAGGAACCUCACCAUAUUUGAAGGUCCCCCGGGGCCAAAAGGAGAGAAGGGUGAUAAUGGACCAUUGGGGCCCCCCGGGGCUCCUGGGUUGACGGGCCUGCGAGGGUUUACAGGAGAAAAAGGGAUGCAGGGCAACCAGGGAAUUAAAGGGUCAGCCGGAGUCAGCGGUUUCCAUGGAGAAAAGGGAGAAAUUGGGCCUGCUGGUCCCAGAGGUGACAGGGGAGAAAGAGGGUGGAAGGGAGAGAAGGGCGACCGAGGAGACACGGGACAGAAAACAGUGGAGGAGACACUAGUGCGGCUGGUGAACGGGUCAGGCCCUCAUGAAGGUCGCGUGGAGGUUUUCCAUGAACGGCGCUGGGGCACCGUGUGUGACGACGUCUGGGACAAAAAGGAUGGAGACGUGGUGUGCAGGAUGCUGGGAUACAUUGGAGUCGCUGAGGUCCAUAGGACAGGACGCUUCGGGCAGGGUACUGCUUUGAUCUGGAUGGAUGACGUGGCGUGCGAAGGGACCGAGGACACCAUACACCAGUGUAAGUUUUCUGGCUGGGGCAAAACCAACUGCGGCCACGUGGAGGAUGCCGGUGUGACGUGCGUUGUCUGAAACCCGCCGCCGCGCUGACGCCGCUGCGACGGUCGAACGCCCCCCCUUCACACGGCGACCUCCGACUUUCAAGAGACGCCACGAGACGCACAGCGUGGCGCCGUCGCCGUUGUUUUUUUACCUGCCAGAAAAGUGACAAGCGGUUGUGAAUCUGCAGCUUUCUUGGAAGUUGAGUUUGAGUUAACAUUUGAUAGUUUUAGCUGCCAGACUGGAUCUUGGGAGCAAGGAAAAUGAUGACAAUUUUUGAGAAACCACUCGGACUGGAGUCGCCGGUGCGACAGGACUCUUCAUCAGACGGAGCCGCAGAGCUCCCCCCCCGCCCCCCC